AUGCCAUCAUCUUCGGAUACUGGAGUAUCAGACACUUUGGAUCCUAUAGCGAUCGUGUCGGACGAUGAGAUUCUGUCAGAGAGUGAGGUUUACACGUCAGACACUACUAGCACGGAUGAGGAUGACUUCCAGCCGUUUGCUCUCACUGAUUUUGGGGAUGAUAUUCCUAUUGCUGAUGGCCCCUUCGGCGGGGACCUACCUCUUAUUCAGGUCCCUGCUCCUCUACCACUUGCUGCAGUUCCUCUCGAGGAUCUGCCACAUGAUGAGUUCGCUGAUGAGGACAUCGAUUUGUUCCAAGAGGGUCCCCCGGAGGGUGACCAGGAUGGUGUGGCCCUCAUGGAUUCCGAUGUCCCUCUUGCUGAUGAUCCCGUUGUCGACCCUGUUGUUCCCCUGGCUGAGAUUCCUGCUGAUGUUGCUGAUCCUGUUGUUCCAGUCAAGGCUCCCAUGGAGGAGGCUCCUAUUGAUCUGUUUGGUCCUUACUCCUUCGAGUCUAUAGCGUCCGCUUCACUGCAUGCCCAGGGCGUACAACUCUAUUCCUCUGACUCCGACUCAGACAUGGCGAUGUCGGUUGCGCCCCUCGUUCCCCACGACGUUGACCUAGAUCCCGAGGUCAAGUUUUUACCUGAUGAGCCUGCUCCUGUUGGUCCGGAGCCGGUCGUUGCUUAUGACCCCGUUGAUGCCCCAACUGUUGCAAAUUUGCCAGACCCUUUACCUGAGCCUGAUCAUGUCGACAUACCAAACGUAGCACCACGCGUCCCUGUUGCGCCCGUCGUUUUACCACUGAUUCCUGAUGCUCCUGUUAUUGAUGCACCCAUUAUUGCACCUGUAGUACCUGUUUCGGCCCCUGUGUAUGCUGACCAUGCACCGUUUGCCGCUCACAUUGAUCCUCGUUAUGCCGACACCCGUAACGGGUGGAUCGAGGAUGAUGAUGACUACCCACCGUUUGUGCUACCCGUCACUCCUCCUGUAGCACCUGUUUCCGCACCUAUUGAGAUUCCAUUGUUCCACCCACACACCUCUGACGUCCAUCGCACUAAUCUUCCUAUCACAUUCCUCCAGGACAUUCCACCACCUCAUCCUGGGGAGGGUUCAUCGAGGCAGCCACCUGUUUUUGUUCCACCUGUAUCGUCAUCUGUUCCGUUCAUGUCCCAGUUCCCUCAUACUACACCGCUUUUUAUACCUUCGGGCUAG